GAGCCGCCGACUAGCUCGGCGUAGCGCUGGCGGGUGAAAAGCCGCGCUCUGAUUGGUCGAGCGCUCUCGUGACGUCAAGUGGAGAAGCCGAGUCGAGAAAAACGAAGCGAACGACACAGGCCGAUCACUUUACUUUGUUCCUUGGCACUCGGCAAUACAGAUUUUCGGGUGACAAAAUGGUGGACGCCGCAACCCUGGAGAAGCUCGAGGGAGCUUUCAAGAAGCUUCAGGGCACCGAGAGCAAGUCUCUCCUGAAGAAGUACCUGUCCCAGGAGGUCUUCGACAAGCUCAAGACCGUCAAGACCCCCUCUUUCGGUUCUUCUCUCCUCGACGUUAUCCAGUCUGGUGUUGAGAACCCCGACUCUGGCGUUGGCAUCUACGCCCCUGACGCUGAGGCCUACUCGACCUUCUCUGACCUUUUCGACCCCAUCAUCGAGGACUACCAUGGUGGCUUCAAGAAGGACGCCAAGCACCCCAACAAGGACUGGGGUGAUGUUGACACUCUGCCCAAUGUGGACCCCACUGGCGAGUAUGUCAUCUCUACCCGCGUCCGUUGCGGUCGCUCCAUGCAGGGCUACCCCUUCAACCCUUGCCUGACCGAGACUCAGUACAAGGAGAUGGAGGACAAGCUGAAGGCUACUCUGGAUGGCUUCCAGGGCGAGCUCAAGGGCACCUAUUUCCCCCUGGCCGGUAUGACCAAGGAGGUGCAGCAGAAGCUCAUUGACGAUCACUUCCUCUUCAAGGAGGGUGACCGUUUCCUGCAGGCCGCCAAUGCCUGCCGCUACUGGCCCACUGGCCGCGGUAUCUUCCACAACGAUGCCAAGACCUUCUUGAUCUGGUGCAAUGAGGAGGAUCACCUCCGCCUCAUCUCCAUGCAGCCCGGUGGUGACCUGGGACAGGUGUACCGUCGUCUGGUGACUGCUGUCAAUGACAUUGAGAAGCGCGUGCCCUUCUCCCACCACGACCGUCUUGGCUUCCUGACCUUCUGCCCCACCAACCUGGGAACCACCGUGCGCGCCUCUGUGCACAUCAAGGUGCCCAAGCUGGCCGCCAACAAGGCUAAGCUUGAGGAGGUCGCCUCCAAGUACAACCUGCAGGUGCGCGGCACCCGCGGUGAGCACACCGAGGCUGAGGGUGGUGUCUAUGACAUCUCCAACAAGCGUCGCAUGGGCCUGACCGAGUACGAGGCUGUCAAGGAGAUGUCCGACGGCAUCAUUGAGAUCAUCAAGAUCGAGAAGGAGCUGCCUUGAACGAGUCAUCAUUCCUUUCCAAAGCCACCGUUUGUCUAAUCGCACGAGAGGCCACAAAUAACUCGAAGAAAAAACUCACCAACCACCGCUACUAUAGCGAAAUUUGCUCGCCAAGCAGCUAGUCAGUAGCAGCCGACAAGACUAAUUGAUUCUUGCAAAAAAAUAAAUAAAAAAUAAAAUGAUCAAAAGUUGAUCCAGGCGA